AUGGCCGCCACCGCCGUCGCCAACAACCCCGAGGAUAUCGUCGCCGCCUCCUACGUCGGUUUCGACUGCCAGACCGGUCUCGGCAAGUCCACCCUCGUUAACACUCUUUUCGCCUCGCACCUCGUCGACUCGAAGGGCCGCACCGAGCCCGACAUCGCCCCUCGCUCGACCACCGAGAUCCACGCCAACUCGCACGUCAUCGUUGAGAACGGCGUCCGCCUGAAGCUGAACAUCAUCGACACCCCGGGUUACGGAGACCUCGUCAACAAUGACCAGUGCUGGGACCCUAUCGCCAAGUACAUCAAGGACCAGCACUCGGCCUACCUCCGCAAGGAGCUGACCGCCAUGCGUGAGCGCUUCAUCCCCGACACCCGCAUCCACUGCUGUGUCUUCUUCAUCAACCCCACCGGCCACACCCUCAAGCCCAUCGACAUUACUGUGCUCAAGAAGCUCAGCGAGAUCGUCAACGUCGUCCCUGUUAUCGCCAAGUCGGACUCGCUCACCCUUGAGGAGCGCGCCGCCUUCAAGCAGCGCAUCAUGGCUGAGCUCCAGCACCACCAGAUCCGACUCUACCCCUUCGACGGCGAUGAGCUCGACGCCGAGGAGCUCGACCUGAACGAGCGCGUCCGCAACAUGCUUCCUUUCGCCAUUGUCGGCUCUGAGCGCACGGUCGUUGUCGACGGUAAGCCGGUCCGCGGCCGCAAGCACCGCUGGGGUGUUGUCAACGUUGAGGACGAGACUCACUGCGAGUUUGUCUACCUCCGCAACUUCCUCACGCGUACCCACCUCCAGGACCUGAUUGAGACCACCAGCCAGAUCCACUACGAGACCUUCCGUUCCAAGCAGCUCCUUGCGCUCAAGGAGAGCUCUGCCAAGCAGCAGCAGCAGCCUGCUCCUUCAGCUUAG